CUUUCAGUCCUGCUCCGUGCGUCAUAUGAUUAUCAGCUCUUUUAACGCUCCCGAUCCAAGUAAACUCGUAUUUCCGCGUAUUUUUAUUUAUAAAUUAUCACAAUUUUUAACGCUUUACUUGAUAAUUAUAAAAUAUUUGGUUUUUUUUUUUUUUCGGAGUGUGGUGGACUAAGUGGAACUAUGAUUAUGAUUAUAGUCAUGUGAUUGGUGAUUGAUUUGUUUAAAUAAAUAAAUAAAGAAAAAUCAUGAAAAAUAGAUACUGGAACUUAAUUAGAGAUUUAUUUGUUCUUGCUCUACUAAAUGGUGUCAGCGGACUGAAAGAUGUCAAGGUGGAAAUACCAGAAGCUGUUGCAGUCGGCGCUCAAGUGACGCUCGCCUGCCAGUACGAUUUACAGACUGACGUUCUUUACGCAGUGAAAUGGUACAAGGGUAAGGAUGAGUUCUACAGGUUUGUACCCAAGGAGUUGCCGCCAAUAUCGGUGUUUGGUGAACUAUUUGCUCAUAAUAUUGAUAGGACAACAAGUGAUGAUCAUCAUGUAACAAUAACAAACGUAACGACUGAAAUGGAGGGAAGAUAUCGUUGCGAAGUAACAAACGACAUACCGCACUUUCAUACGCUAUUUAAAAAAGGAUACAUGCACGUAGUCAGUCUACCUCAAGGUACUCCCGAGGUGCUCGUUGAGAAGCAGAGAUACGCGAUUGGGGAGACAGUCAAAGCCAACUGCACAACUCCACCCAGUAAUCCAGCCACUAAUGUCACUUGGACUGUCAACGGAAUUCCGUUGAAUUCAACUUAUCAACGCAAUAUACAACUGAGAAACGACAAUCGAACACGAGCAUACGCCGAGUUGGAUUUUGAGAUAACCCAGGACAGCUUCAGUAACGGGAGGCUCCAGAUCUCUUGUCAUGCAAAUGUCUUCCAACUUUACAAGAAAGAGGCGAUCGCGCUCGUAGACGAGGAGCGUCCGAGACUGGCAUCCGUACUUGGGACCCGAGACUCUCCUCACACCAACGGCGUAUCAAAACACACCGCAGAGUGGGUGUUGUGCGUGGUAACAGCCAGUAAUUUUGUGCUUCGCGGUCUCAGAUAACACCAAUGAACAUGUACAAUUUACAUCACCACAUUUGACAGAUAAACCAGAAUGAUAACGAGAAACUGGAGCCUAAGUUACAGAAGAAAAAAUAAAAAUAAAUAAACAAGUGAUUUAAACUGAAACGCGUGAAUCAAAUUAAUGAUAAUAAAAUAUUAAUUAAUUAACUAAUUAAUUAAUUAAAAAUAAAGAAAUGAAUUUAAUAAACAAAUGGAUGAUUGAGUUAUUCGUGUAAAUAGAAUUAUUUACAAUUAGCGAUCUUAAUUAAUAAUUGAUUAAUUAAAAAAAAAAGAACCGCGGGUGUCGCGGGUCACUUUCACCCCUUGGCGAGUGAUUUUGUCUUAAUUAAAUAAUUGUGUUAGAUGACCGAUUACCCAAAGUAUCGAUAUUUAUUAUUAAUUAUACAUGUAUUAUAAAAAAAAAGAAAAUAAUAAUAAUUAUAAUUAUAUUAAUAAUAAUUGAUUAAAUGAAAAUAUAUGUAAUGGUGUUUUCUAUCCUGACACGCGAUUAUUUUGAUACCCGAUAAAGUUGAUAAAAUUUGUAAAAUUACCAUUAUAAUAAUUAUGUAGCUUACAAAAUACGUCCUUUAGUCAUUAUGAUUAUUAUUAUUAUUAUUAUUUUUAUUGUUAUUUUUGUUAUUAUUAUUA